AUGGCCUUGCAACUGGGCCACACUUGGAACCUCCAAAGUCGAACUGGGCCCGCCCGCUCAACGCUCCGCCCCGCUGCUAUUGUAUACACUUUUGGUGGACUUGCGACUGACACAGAAACGCGAGUCUUAACCCAGCAAGGCGCUAUUCCUAACCUCUACGCCGCAGGUGAGAUUACCGGCCAUUUCCACGACACCGCACCAAAUGCUGUUGCUGUUUUACGCGCGCUCGUCUUUGGGCGCAUUGCUGGGCUCAAUGCAAUGAGCUCGAAGUAG